AUGCCGUCCAAGAUUCGAGAUAAUAGCGCCGAGCGGCGGCGCGAGAAAAAGGAGUCGUCGCGAUCAGAAAAGGAUAGAAGAGAUCGAGAUCGAGAUCGAGAACGAGACCGUGACAGAGACAGAGACAGAGACAGAGACAGAGACAAGGAAAAAGACAGGCACCGAUCACAUCGCAAAGCCUCAGUUCGGGAAAAGACAUCCUCAAGAACAUCCAUCUCACCGGUCAAUGAAAAGAGACGGUCCUCCAUGCCAGGAAUAGUUGAAGAUGUCCCCGUUAAAUCAGAAUCCAAGUCAAGUCUGCCAUAUCCUUCAUUCUCCAGAGAACACAGCCGCGAAGCUAUUGGCUUAGGAAGUCGCCCAGUUCCGAACAUCUUUACGCCUCCUGCGACCGACCUCAACGCUUCCAAAGACAAACUACCCUCGAGACAUAGUGCUGCCGGGAACGAUGCGCCGCCCAGUCCGCCUCUCACAGACAAGAACUCGGGAACGGCGAAAUGGAAGGCCAAUGCAGGAAGGCCUGUGUCAGUUGACACCAUCCAAGAGGAAGAGAAAGGGUCUCAGACGGACGGAGAUGGGAAGAGCGCUCGCAAGGCACGCACAAUGCCAAAGACAAGAGGAUCUAGCGGCCGUCUGCGCAGUACUUCCGAGCUGGGGACAGACAGUUCUCCAACCCGGAAACCUCGCGAUACACCAUCUACACCACUGAAGACUGCAGCUCCGGUCUCGGCAUUUACCCUUCCUCAAAGAUCAAUCAGUCAACCCUCCCGAACUGAUUCUCCCGCAACCACCAACAGCGCAACCGAAUCAGGCACGAACAUUAGUUCCGAAGCUACUUCCAUAGCCCCAGAACAACCUACGAUUCAGCGACCAGGGUCAAAAAUCCCUCCCCCGGCCGCGUAUGCAGACGAACCGGCUGUGAUCCUUCCGCAGUCAAGGGGAGUCACUCCGCUAGAAAUCUUUGUCGAGGACAGUUCCUCAGUAUUGACAGGAACACCGGGGGGCGUUUCACAAACUCCCGGACCUCCACCACCGCCUCCGGCGCCCGUUCCAGUCUCUAUUCCCAAGGUCGACUACCUCCUGCAGCACGGUGGACUCAACCAGUCAAUAACGAAGAAUCUAUUACUGGCGGGUAAGCCCAUGGCGAUACAACAGGCUCAGUCGUCGAACCAGCCAUCGAUUCUGGUGGCAAAUUUAUUUGAACCUUAUGUCGCGCUGCUUGAUGACUAUGAAAAGGUGAUGUCGAAGAACGGCUCAUUAGCCGUUGCCACUGGGUACCGCUCCGUGGCACGUCGAUUACUUGAUCGACUUGAAGCCGUGUUCGCACGUGACAUCUCUUCAGAGGCAUGUCAAUGUCCAAUGUGCGAGUACGACCACGCCGAGGAUGUGAGAGGCGUCAGCUGGGGUGAAGUCCUAGAACUAGUCUCUGGAAGAAAAGAUCUGCCUGGUUGGCCGCCUUUCGCUUUCACACAGUCGCCGGUGGGACUGGGGAUUUCGUUGGAGUUCCGUGUGCCGAUGCAGAAACUCGACAUCGAUGUGCCCGAAGAAUACAGAGAACACUAUAUCCGACAGUCACGGAAGACGAAACAAAGUGUGGACAAGUGGCUAAGCCGACAGAGUGACGACCCCAGUUCGCCACCUGGGGAGGUCGACGAUGAGACAUUAGCUUUUGCUAUCCUGACCCAUCUCCCCGCUGAGCAGAGACCUAUUUUCAAGGGUUUGCUGGGUAUUGUCGAUCGGCCCAUAGAACCUCCAAGACGAAUACCGACGCCAGAACUCGGGAAGCAGAAUGGCGAGUCCCAUCCACCACAGCCGACGCCAACACCGACGCCCACUCCUAGAGUGCGACCUCCCCACAUCGCCGUGGCUUCGCAAGCAAUUCAGAGAUUGUACCGUUUGGCGAUCACACCGCGAGAUUCCGAAGCCGCUUUGUUCUUACUCAAUAAUCCUUCAUUACACAACGCACUGGCUACCUUAUCUGCAAUCUCCAAUGACGAGUGGGACAUUCUUAUUUCAGGCCGUUUUGACGGAUUCCUCAGAAGCGGCGCAGAAGACGUCCCCUUACCCGAGCAUAUCCCAUCAAGAGCUCCAAACCCCUACCGGCCACCCACACGAGGCGCGACACCUGGUUACGGCCCUCAAACUAAUGGCACGGGUUAUGGGUCUCGCCAGGCCAGCUACUCUCAUCCUCAUCCCUACGCAAAUGGUGUUCCUAGUGCUCAAUGUGGCGCGCCCAUUGCGUUUGACGAGGAGACCGAGCUGGCCACCCUCGCCGAGAUCGAACGCGACAUCUAUGCCGGGAUGGAAGCGCUCGAAGAUGCAUUCGAGGGAUUGCACAAUAAGGCGGAAACUGUCCGACGCGCCUUGCGGGAGCGCUCCGCCGGCCUAGCUGCGGCAGCCCAACGAAGACGCGGCGCGAUGGGGGGUGGGAUUGAGGUCCGCAUGGAUACUCCUGCCAGCGUGGUCAUGUCAACCGGAGAAAAUGGAGUAGGCGGACGAUGGGAUGCCGAAACUGAUGACGGCCUGGGGGAGUGGGAUGGUCUCGGGGAGAUCGAGCCGGAUGAUUCCGCAAGUAAUAUCUCGAGCGCGCGGAGGAGAAGGCCGAAAAGGAGAAACGAGAGGCGGACGCCGGCGUUGAUCGAGGAAGAGGAUGAGAUGGAGGACGAUGGGGCAAGUGAGGGCACAGGAAGCCCCAGGAAAAGAUGA